AGAUUUUAGUCCAAGAAACAAAUAAAAUGUCUCCACAAGAUCUCACCGACGAUUUGAUUUCUCUCGUUCUCAGGCCGUCCUCACCGCCGGAACGAUUUGUUAAGCUCCAAGUUUAAUGGAAGCCUUAACUACUUCACGGGUUGUGCCACUUCAGGUUCCCUGUAGAAAGCCCUCAUCAAUUUUUGCUAAUUUUUCCUGCCUUGAAUCAAGGAGAUAUCCUUGUGGAGGGCGUGUUUCGAUUGUGAACCAUUCCAAAUUUCUCCGUCCAGUGACUGCUUCUGUGCAGCCACAGGAGUUGUCAGCUUUGGGUUACGAAGGCAAUAUUGUUCCUUCUAACGAAAUUCUUGAUCUUUGGCAAAGUGUUGAAGCGGUAUGCUUCGAUGUGGAUAGCACAGUUUGUGUGGAUGAAGGUAUUGAUGAACUUGCCGAGUUUUGUGGUGCUGGAAAGGCUGUUGCUGAAUGGACUGCCAGAGGUAUGGGUGGAUCUGUUCCAUUUGAAGAAGCUCUAGCUGCAAGACUUUCUUUGUUCAAGCCUUCUCUUGCGAAAGUUGAGGAAUAUCUCGAAAAGAGACCCCCAAGGUUAUCCCCUGGCAUUGAAGAGUUGGUCAAGAAGCUCAGAGCCAAUAAUAUUGAUGUCUAUUUGAUAUCUGGAGGUUUUCGACAGAUGAUCAGUCCUGUAGCAUCAAUUCUUGGCAUCCCUCGGGAGAAUAUCUUUGCCAACAAUCUUCUAUUUGGAAACUCUGGCGAGUUUCUGGGAUUUGAUGAGAAUGAACCUACAUCAAGAAGUGGAGGCAAAGCCAAGGCAGUGGAACAAAUACGAAAGGGUCGUUUCUACAAGACUAUGGCGAUGAUUGGAGAUGGUGCUACUGAUCUCGAAGCACGUAAACCUGGUGGCGCAGACUUGUUCAUAUGCUACGCUGGGGUUCAGCUUCGUGAAGCCGUUGCAGCAAAAGCAGACUGGCUUAUCUUCAAGUUUGAAUCUCUCCUAAACUCAUUGGACUAAAAGCUCUAUAUAGUGAUUAUUCUCAUAUAGCUAAACCCAUUAUCAUUUUUUUUGUCAACCUAAACUCGUUAUUCAUAUCUCCAAAUUUGUACCCCUUUUUUAUUUGUAUGAAACCAUUGAACCAACAAA